UUCAGGUUAUCGGCAAGAGGUAGCAGCUAUCCCAUAAUGGCAGUGAGAUGAAUCUUCCGGCCAAUGCCCGUGUUACAUUUCGGCCGUGGCUACUGCUAUUGGUUAGUCUGCGUGUAUGGGCGGAGCCUAGCCCCACGUGCCCAAAAUUGUCUGUCAAUCCGAGAUGUCCCUGCUAUAAUUUUGAAAAUGGAAUCUUCUUGGAGUGCCCUGGACCGACGAAAGAAACUAUUCAACAAGUCCUUCAGCUUAUCAGCAGUCCCAUCCAAUCUCUUAGUAUCUAUGACUUGGACAAGUCGGUGACGGUCUUGUCAGGCGACUUCUUCCCGACGUUUACUAAAAUCAUCCAACUACAGAUUUCCCAAAGUAGCUUAAAGAUAUUACAGGAAGACGCUUUUUCGUCGAUUAAAGUAAGUCUUGAAUCAUUAGGUAUAGUAUCCGGCAAACUAGAACAGAUACCACAAAAAGCAUUAACAGGAUUAACAGUUUUGAGGUCAUUGGACUUAGAAUCAAACGAGAUCACAGAUCUCCCGAGUUAUAGCUUUUAUGGUUUACAUUUGACAAAAGUUACAAUCAAAGGAAACAUGUUGCAGCGGACAUCAGAAUACGCUUUUGCGGGCCUUGAAGGUACGUUAACAGAAUUAGAUUUGUCAGAAAACAAAUUGAACUUCUUCCCGAUGGCUUCUUUAAGAAGAUUAGAACAUUUAAGAACAUUAAGAUUAGCAUGGAACGAAAUCGGAUCCAUUCCUGAUGACGGAUAUUCAAAACUGCAGGGUCUGACAUUUUUAGAUCUCAGUUCAAAUAACUUUGAAACCAUUACCAGUGAUGCCUUCCGUCCAUUACCAUCAUUAAAAACUCUGUCGCUUUACUACAAUGGCAUUGAGACUAUCGACAAAGAAGCCUUUGUAGCUUUACAGAGCCUUGAGUCGAUCGAUCUCAGUCACAAUAGAGUAGUAUUUCUUGACGCGGUCACUUUCAAGGCAAACAAAAGACUACGAACAAUAGACUUGAGCCACAAUCAUAUACAUUACAUUAACGGGGUAUUUGAAAAUUUGCCAGAUCUCAGAGAAUUAUUUUUAUCAGAAAAUAAUAUACUAGAAGUUCCAAAAGACGCUUUUACUAAUUCAGUGAUGCUAACGGUUAUAUAUUUGCAGCAAAAUGCUGUCAGAAGGAUAGAUGAGGAAGCUCUGACGUCACUAACGUCAUUGACUCAACUGUUUUUAAGUGAGAAUUUUAUUGAGUACUUCCCAUGUAAUCUGUUAAACGGAAGUACUCAACUGUUUUCGUUAAGCCUGGAUGGUAAUUGGAUUCAAGGUCUGCAGCCGGGGACGUUUCAAAGGGUGAAUGAGCUCAAAGAACUUCGUCUUCAGAAUAAUCGGAUUACCAAAAUAGAAAGAGGAGUUUUCGAACCGCUACCAAAUCUAUUAGAGCUCCAUCUACACAAUAACCUCAUAACGACUAUUGACUCCGGAGCUUUUCACAGCCUUCAAAGUCUUCAACACGUUAAUUUACAAGGCAAUCUAUUAACAUCGCUGGGGGACGUGUUUUUACACGAGUCCCCAUCCCUUGUGUCGAUUCAACUCGACUCAAACGGACUGACCUCUCUCCACAACGACUCACUGCGAGGCCAGUCGAGCGUUCAGAUCAUGUGGCUCGGUCAUAACAAGCUCAUCAGACUGGAUCGUGCUCUCUUCAGAGAUCUAUUGCUGAUUCAGCGUGUAUACCUCACGAACAACAGUAUUUCGCAGGUGGAGGAUGGAACAUUUGCACCUAUGCAAGCGCUCAUGUUUUUAGAUUUAAGUGUUAAUAAACUAAAGCGCAUUUCAGUUAAGACAUUUGCAGAUCUUCAUGAGCUAGAAGAAUUAUAUCUGUGGAGUAAUGGAAUAAGACAUAUCGAAGCUAAAGCCUUAACGUCACUGAAGAAGUUGAGAAUCCUAGAUUUAUCCGACAAUGAAAUUAUAGUUCUGCAUGACAACAUAUUUCAAGAAGGUCUACCUAUACGUCUUUUGAAUCUACAAAAUUGCUCUAUUUCCAAAAUUGACAAAGGUGCUUUUAGUGGUCUCAACAAUCUUAAUGAACUAAAUUUAGAUAACAAUCGUUUGGAUGCAGCAUCACUUAUGUAUUUAAACAUUCCAGGGUUAAGAGUCUUUAAAGCGUCCGGUAACAAUCUAUCAGAUAUUAAUGUCAACACGCUUCGAGGGUUGCCUUUGCUGCAGUAUUUAAGUAUGGACGAAAAUAGCAUUUCUUCAUUACCAUGGAACGUUUUCGGAUUCAAUAGUGAUCUGGUGCGUUUAUCACUUGUUGGUAACCUACUAACUAAAUUGCCUGUGAAUAUUUUUAAACAUCUCAAAAAUCUUCGUGAAUUGCGCUUGAGUAACAAUAGGAUUGACGCUUUUCCGUAUGCAGCCAUAAAUGAAACAGUUGGCUUAGAAGUUUUGGUGCUUUCCAGUAAUAAAUUAGCUAGUAUUGACGUAUCAAAGCUGUCUGGAUUAUAUAAAAUAAGAGAUAUUCAACUACAAGACAACGUUAUAAGUUCUCUUUCUGGGUUCGCCUCAGCUAACUGGAGCCAUCUAUUUUCUUUUGAUUUAAGCAAAAACCUGUUGUCAGCUCUUCCAGCGAACUUUCUUCACUUUGGAGCAACAGUCAGAAGACUGGACCUUUCACAGAAUAGAUUUCGCCAAAUUCCUACGACUGCACUGUCUGAACAGAAUUUAAGGUCACUAAGUUGGUUGAAUUUAACGCUUAACCCGUUAAUACAAGUACACGAUCUGUCAUCGCUUCGGCUUUACCCUUCUCUUGAAGAAGUACAUAUCAGUGGAACCAACCUAACCAUUGUGACUAGCAAAGACUUCGAGGCCUUCCCCUCUCUACUACAUUUGUACUUGAGUAAAAACCGCAUAUCAAGGGUGUCCCCAGGUGCUUUCAAAUCCCUUCCAAAUCUUAUCACCCUCGAUAUUGGAAUAAAUGAAUUAGAGCUAAUUCCCCAAGAACGUUUACAGGGAUUGACUCAUCUUAGACUUUUGAAUCUCAGCCAUAACCGAUUAAAGGAUUUAGAAGAAUUCCCAAAUGACUUAAGGUCACUUCAGAUGUUAGAUCUUUCGUUCAACCAAGUGACGAGAAUCGCCAAAGGAACAUUUAGGCACUUAGAAAGUUUAGCGGAACUUCACAUAUAUGGAAAUUGGAUUUCAUCUGUGGCUGGAGAUUCGUUUAAACCACUAAAAAAACUGAGAUUAUUAGAUCUCAGCAGGAACUAUCUAGAAAACUUGCCCCUUAACGCCUUCCGUCCAUUGGAAACUCAGAUCCGAAGUUUAAGAACAGAAGAAAAUCCACUACACUGCGGAUGUGAGCAGCAGGAACUAUGGGAAUGGUUACGAGAUCAUCAGAAGCUGGUUGGCAUCACGAAGUCUGGCUUACGCUGUGAACAACCACCCGAACUUCGAGGGAUGUUGUUUCUGGAGCUGGAACCACCCAGGUUCUGUUCAGCUCCUCUAGUCCUUAAGCUCGCCAUCCAGGACAUCCAGCCUUUCAGUGUCCUUGUGUCCUGGCAAAGUCGUAAUCACUCAGGACUUCACGGAUACAGAGUCGCUUACCAUGCCUUGGAUAACUUAGGACCUGGUGGAAAAGACGCAGUCCGAGGAAAGUUCCUGGACAGAGCUGCCCGGUCUGUGAAGCUAGUACGCCUGGCACCGGACACCCGCUACCUUAUUUGUGUCCUUGGCUUGGGUAACUGGGGACCUCCCCUCAACAGACAGCAGGCCAACAUGAGCGGCGAUGUGUUGCUGGGCGAUCCUGUUCCACACUUGACAGACUCGCAGAUGAGUCGAUGUACCGAGGUGAGAACACUAGAAGGUGAGGAGGGUCUGGAAAAUCUCGACAGAGGGAGAGGGUCUAUUCUUACCCGCCGCCUUGGCCUCAUUAUUGGCAGCUGCAUGGGAUUCGUUGUUUUCAUUGUAUUGGUAUCCAUUCUAGGAUAUCUGAAGUUAAAGAAGCAGAGAGAGGUGGCCAAGCGUGAACAACCUGGGCCCGCAGAGUAUUUGUCCUACCGGCACUUCUCCUUGCAAACCGCAGAUCCACUGGGCCAAGGCCAUGGCACUUCGAUUUUGAAUUCCUAGCCCUUAUACGACCCUCAACAUGAGAACAGCCUGGGCACGCAGAGUACCUAUAGUAUCGGCACUUCCCCUUACAGAACGCCGAGCCGCUGUUCCACGCUCACUGCACAUCGACUUUGAAUUCCUAGCCCUUGUACGACCCUCAACAUGAGAACAGCCUGGGCACGCAGAGUACCUAUAGUAUCGGCACUUCCCCUUACAGAACGUCGAGCCGCUGUUCCACGCUCACUGCACAUCGACUUUGAAUUCCUAGCCCUUGUACGACCCUCAACAUGAGAACAGCCUGGGCACGCAGAGUACCUAUAGUAUCGGCACUUCCCCUUUCAGAACGUCGAGCCGCUGUUCCAUGCUCCCUGCACAUCGACUUUGAAUUCCUAGCCCUUGUACGACCCUGAACAUGAGAACAUCAUAGGCACGCAGAUUACCUAUAGUAUCGGCACUUCCCCUUACUGAACGCCGAGCCGCUGUUCCACGCUCACUGCACAUCGACUUUGAAUUCCUAGCCCUUGUACGACCCUCAACAUGAGAACAGCCUGGGCACGCAGAGUACCUAUGAUAUCUGCACUUCCACUUCCAAACCGCCAAGCCGCUGUUCCACGCUCAUGGCACCUCGACGUUGACCUUCCAACACAUAUACGACCUUGAAGACGAGAUGAAUUUUGGUCUAUAUAUCUAAACUAUAAAAAGACUAGUUAAAAUGUCCGUAAAUAAUGUUACGUAGUGUAAUAAUUUAUUUGGAAUCGAACUAAUAGUUAAGUGUGUUACAAGUUACAUUAAGGAUUAAUGAGUUUAUCGAAAAUAUAUAUCUAAAAUCUGUAACUAUGUGAAAAGUAACGAUUUUAAGUACAAUAUUAUCAAUGAAACUAAAAAAGAUAUUCAUUGUUUAAUGUCUACAUUUCUUAUAUUUGUGAGGUAAUAGUUAUAACAUUACUUUAAAACGCAAAAGCUGCUGAUGGUAAGCUAGAAAGGACAUUUUAUGAGCACAAAUUAUUUUGCUAAUGUUUCGUGUAACCAAGUAAAUUGAAAUAAGCAUGUUUAAUCUAAUUUGCUGUGGAAUAGAACACAAAAAAAUUAGAACUAUUCUGGCGCCUCGAAAGGUUUUACUGAUCUACAGUUGUAUGCACGGUAUCAAAAUAAAAAUAUUUUUAACGGUAAUACGCUCCUCUGAGUAUAGACCAAUAAGGUUCUUCAUCAUCAUAACACGAAUGUGUAAGGCUGUGACUAAUACAAACUCUCGUUUUUAUAAUUAGUUCGUAAUAUUAGAUCGUUUUAUUUUGGGAAACACGUAAAUAAAACUCCUAUUACCACGGCCAAAGAGUGAUCUCGAAAUAUUUUAUUCAUUACCGUUAAAAAAAUAAUAACAUGACUUUUAUUGGGAGUGAACGAAAAGAGUGUUUGUUGAUGUGUUUUUCCUCUAAACCUGUUAACAGUACUUAAUUCAUAUUUUUAUUAUAUUUUGAUUUUCCAUAAACCUUUUAGAAAUUUGAUUAAUAAAAACCUGGAUUUAAAUUUUGUAUCUCGCUUUAUUAGUAACAUAUAAUGUGAAACAUCUUCAAAUGCAUUCAAAUUAAAAUAAAAAGAAUUGGCACAUAACAUAAACCUAAUUGACCUGUUGUAUUUUACAAUAUUUCGUGAAAAUAUGUAAUAAAACAGGUGUUGUACUUAAUUCUUGCAUAUUGCACUUCAUUUAUUAAAAUAAGGCAACAGUCAGACACAAAAUUGUAAACCAGCUAUAACAAAAUUGUAAACCGGAUAUACAAAAAUUUUAACGGUUUUGCUAAAGAUGCUCCUUUCGUUUCCAACAGCUGCCAGUAUAGCUUAAGUGCGUAAAUGAUGUCGGUGCUAGAGACAAUUACUUAUUGUGUGUCCGAGUUAAGGUAAGUAAUAUAUAUCUGUAUUGGUAUCUGUAAAAGUCGCUUCUCUCCUCCGAGGUAUUUUCUAUUUUAUAUUCUGAAAAUAUUAAGUAUAUUCAUAUGACGAUUGUUAUUUUAUUCGAAUAUUCUCCUUAUAGUGUAUAGGGGAUUAAUAAUUGGAACACCAAUUCACGAUAAAUGUUACACUUAUAGUUUUACAUGGACGUACACUUUAAACCUCACUUUUCCUUAUCAAUGUCGUGGAACAUGUUGUACAUAUUUGCUCAAUCGUCUAUGUGGGACUGGCAUUUCAUUGACUGUAACUGAAAAUACCGUAUGGGUGUAUAAGAUGUACUAACACUCUCAUAUAACUUUUAUACCUAUAAUUUUGUCGUAAUUUUAUUAAAUUUUGUACAGUUAAAGUUAUAAUACCUGGCUACUUUUUUAUGAAUUUUGUACAUACGGAGCCCAAAAAACUGCUUAUUAAAAAGUAAACCAAAUUAUAUAUAACAUCUCCAUGAGUUUAACCUAGAUUGACAUAUAAGUUGUGACAAAUAUUUGCAGAAUUUAAUAUAAUGAUACUUAUUUUAUUGUUAUUACUUUUCCUUAAAGGAAACUUUUAUUUUUAUUUGUUUUAUAAAAACAGUUUAAAAGUUUAUUGUGCAAGUCUAUAUUUAUAUAUAAAUUAAAUGUUAGUAAAUACUGUUAUUAAAAACAAAGUUAGGGUAAUUGUUAUACGGCUUGGACUCAAACUCAAUUUUAAAAUUAAUGAAAUUUUGAAACCACGUGUUUCAAACUAUUACAAUCCUAGACCUGUAACGAGAACUGGCCAUGCAUUUUAUGUAAUUUUUCAAAUAUUAUAAAUACUUUAUUAGAAAUAUAAAUGAAUUGAAAUAUAAUGGUAUAUUAUAGGAAUCAUUUCAAUCAAACGACUAUUUAGGAACACGAGUUAUAUUUUGUAAUAGUAUUUUUAAGAUUUGGCUUACUAACGUAUUUUCCAUAAUUAAUGCAACAUUUCUACUGCUAUAUCCAAUUAAAUUAAAUUCCUUGUAUGAAUAGUUAUACCUAGCUCAACCAGUAUUGUAAACAGCAAAGUUAACAUCUUCCGUAUGUUUUAAUAUAGAAUAUUGAAAACCUGCCUAAAUUCUUUGAAUUAAAACUUAGUACAAGCAAUGUUGGAGUCGUGUAUUGAAAUAUAUACAUAUUAUAUAGAAUAUAUACGUAUAUUUUUUUAAUUGUACAAUUUGUAUGAGUGUUAAAUUAAACAUAUUCAUAGAAACUCAUAUGAUUUAAUCUGAAAAGAGAGUACGUAAUGACGUUAAAAGGUUUUGUAAUUAGGUAGUUACAGUGGUUGUUUAAAAGAUCACAGCAUAUUUAUUUUGAUCGAAAGCUUUGUAAUUAUGUUAAAUUUUUGAUGUCAAAGGUAUUAGUAGUGAAAGUUGUUAUGUUUAAAUCCAAUAAAGCGAUGGCUAAUGUUGAAAUUUA